AGUCACCUUUGACUUUUCAAAAUCUGUUUUCGUUCGGUCAUUAUCUCAAUUGUCUCAACUGGUUUAGGCAUUCAGUUUCGGGAGAAAAGUUCAAACCGAGUCUAAAUUUUUGGCUUCCACACUUCCGCAUCCCUGCUUCCGGUAUCAGUAAAAUUCGAAUGCAACGAAAUUGUUCCAAAUUGUGAAACAAUGUCCUCCAAGGCUCACAGUGAAGGUCACACGUCCGGUGGUGGCUCGAUGGGAGAACACACAAACCCCAGUGUCAUCAGCAAAGCUUCAUCGAACCAGAAGCAAAGCAUCUUCGGUUCCGACUCAUCCAUAACCCGUGCACUAAACCUGCAUGGAUACCACAUAGGCGCCAAAAUUGGAAAAGGCUCUUUCUCCUCGGUCCGACUGGCAAAGUAUACGAGCAAGAACCAAAACGUCUAUCUGCUUGCCUGCAAGGUCAUCGACGUGCGCAAGGCCAGCGAGGAAUUCGUUAAGAAAUUUUUCCCGCGCGAACUCAGCGUGCUGAUGAAGAUUCAUCAUCCGCACAUCAUUAGGGUGCACAGCAUUUUGAAACGCGAACGAAUGGUGUUCAUAUUUAUGGAUUAUGCCGAACGUGGAGAUUUGCUGAAGUACAUCAACAAGAACGGAGUUAUGAAGGAGAGUCAAGCCAAACGGUGGUUUGCACAGUUAGUGAGUGCGCUUCGAUACUUGCACUCUAUUGACAUUGCCCACCGGGAUCUGAAGUGUGAGAAUAUUCUCAUUUCCAAAAAGGACAACGUUCUCCUUGCUGAUUUCGGCUUCGCUAGAGCUUGCGGCGAAGAGAAUGGUAACUUUUCCAGCACGUACUGCGGCUCGGCGGCGUAUGCCGCUCCUGAAGUUAUCCUCGGUAAACCAUACAACCCGAUGCAUGCCGAUGUGUGGUCUUUGGGGAUCAUCCUGUUCAUCAUGCUAAGUGCCACAAUGCCUUUCGACGAUCGAAACCUGAAGAAGCUGGUGGAAGAUCAUCGUGACCGAAACUAUGGGUUUGAAGAAUCGGUGCACAAACAACUGAGUCUGGCCGCUAAGCGAAUGGUUUACGAACUGUUAAAUCCAGACCCAUCCGAAAGAGUUGAUCUGAAGCAGCUGUACGAGUUGGGUUGGAUCGAUGAGAGCUCGGCCAAGGAGAAACAAGGAAGGCUAGGGGAGCUUUGUGGGAAAAAGAGCAAGAGUGAUCGAAAUGAGCCUAAGGCCAAGUUUGGGUGCCAUUGUUGAUCCAAUACUAUUUUAAUUAAAUUUUUAAUUAUAUAUUUUCGAUACAAAAGGUAA